AUGACAGUCACUUAUUCCAGCAAAGUAGCAAAUGCCACUUUCUUUGGAUUUCACAGAUUACUCCUAAAGUGGAAAGGCAGCAUCUACAAAUUGUUGUACAGAGAAUUUAUUGUUUUUGCUACUCUUUACACAGCAAUAAAUUUUUGCUGCAGAUUUUUUCUUACAGGUAGUCAAAAACGGUUCUUUGAAAGAUUAUCAAUUUACUGUGACAAAUAUGCUGAACAAAUCCCGGUAACUUUUGUGCUUGGUUUCUAUGUGACUUUGGUGGUGAAUCGCUGGUGGAACCAGUUUGUGAACUUGCCGUGGCCAGAUCGACUGAUGUUCCUCAUCUCCAGCUGUGUGCAGGGCAGAGAUGAAUAUGGGCGCUUGUUGAGGAGGACUCUCAUGCGUUACGUGAAUUUAACAUCUCUGCUGAUCUUUCGUUCUGUGAGCACAGCCGUGUACAAAAGGUUUCCCACCAUGGACCACGUGGUAGGAGCAGGUUUUAUGACACGAUAUGAAAGAAAAAUUUUUGAUGACCUCAAGUCUCCCCAUCUUAAAUACUGGGUUCCAUUUGUCUGGUUUGGAAACUUGGCAUCGAAGGCACGAAAAGAGGGAAGAAUUCGAGAUAGUGUAGAUCUGCAGACACUGAUGAACGAGAUGAAUAAGUACCGGUCUUGGUGUAGUCUUUUGUUUGGUUAUGACUGGGUUGGAAUUCCACUAGUCUAUACCCAGGUUGUCACUCUCGCAGUCUAUACUUUUUUCUUAGCCUGCCUGAUAGGGCGCCAAUUUUUGGAUACUGACCAAGGUUAUCAGGGACAUGACUUAGAUCUUUACAUUCCAGUCUUCACACUGUUGCAGUUCUUCUUCUACGCAGGAUGGCUCAAGGUCGCUGAACAACUUAUUAAUCCAUUUGGAGAAGAUGAUGAUGAUUUUGAAACUAACUGGUGCAUCGACAGAAAUUUACAGGUCUCACUUCUGGCGGUGGACGAGAUGCACAUGAACUUACCAAGGAUGGAGAAAGAUAUUUACUGGAAUGAUUCCUCUGCGCGGCCACCCUACACAAAAGCAGCUGCUGAUUACUGCAUUCCUUCAUUCCUUGGAUCAACUAUUGAAAUGGGGCUGGCUGAUACAGAAUUCCUCUACGGGGAAGAGUGGCCCUGGGAAGAGGAGAAACACCGCAGACAACGAUCAGUCCUGAGAAGAGUCAAGAGAUUUCUCAGCGUCCAUGAGGGCCCUUCGUCCCCGGCUCACCGGCGUUACAAUCGGCAGACAAGUGAGAAUUCGGUGUUUUUCCCAGCAGAUGAAAAGGGGCACAUCAGGCGGUUGCAAGAAAUGCACACAAGAGGGAGGCACUCUACCUCAAGCUUCAAGAAGAAACAUGACGGAGUUGAUAGAAGUAACAGACUUCACAGUAGCAGAGAUCUAGGACCCAUAACAGAAACCUCAAGGAACGAGGGACAGUUCGACGACAGUGACACCUCAUCUGAGACAAACAAGCCAGUUCCUGAGGUCAUCAUCUCUGAAGCUGAGGAGAAAGCACCUGAUAUGCUAGCCAAACCAGAUCUGCAAACAGAGCACACCACAAGCAUGCCAGAAGAGAAGCUCCAAAGGAGCCUAACUGAAGCAAAUGUAACUCUUCUGGACCACCCCUUCUUCCCCCCGGAAAUGACUACAUACCUCCCAGGCUCUGAGGUGCAUCAGUCACUUCCUACUGUGAUAGGGGAGCCCAAACCUGAACCCCACGGAAGUAACAUAGCCGGUUUCAUAACAGAUCAUGAGAGAAACCUUCAGCGGUGGAGUUUACCGAGCUUCCAUAGUCAUAGUACAGGGUCAAAUGCCGACGCUGCACUGCCUUUAACAGAUCCUGGGACAGCUUCACAACAAAAGACCUUCAGUGAUGGAAAAAAUGUUACUUCUGCUGCUGCUCCAGAGACAUUUGAAAUGCAGCACUUAUGGGAAAACCCAGAUACUAAAGAAACAGCCAUAGUAGAAUUUUCUAAUGAGAAAAGUGAAAGAAAACUUUGA